UAAAUUUAAAACAAGUACAUGGUCCAUGUCCAUUGCUCGGGAACACUAUUUUUAGAUUGUGAUCAUAUUCAAUGUGAACACUUCGUUGAUGGCCUAACCAAGGCCGUCCGUUUGUCUGUGUUUUGGAAGCUUGUUUUCAACGCACACCACAACGUCUAUGGGGAAACUAAUGUUACAAGUUUACUUUGUCACAAUGAUGGUGAUAUGAAAUUAGAAGCAAGCAGAAGAGGACUGAGUUCUGGAGGAAGCAAAAGAGGAGCUGAAUUGUACCGCCCAGGUGGUGGUCUGUACCCCAAGUCUCCGCGAGGCGAACUUGAAGACAACAUGUCAAAUAGCAACAGCAAUCUUUACUCUGCCUCUAAUGAUAAGAGAAAUCAAGAUCCUCCAAGUGAAGGAACCCAAAAUGGACCCAGCCAUGGAUCUCAUUCAAGAGGUGGUUAUGGGCGAAAAUCUGGCCACUCAGGUAGAUCACGUUCAGGUAGAUCUGAGAAAUCAGAUACCCGAAAUCCCAGAGAUAACAAAGAGGCCACAGUGUCAAAGUUAACUGAAAGACUAGCUCAGGUUACAAUAAAAAGAGAUGAUAACCAACAAAGUGGCCAUGAAGCCCCUAAGGGAGAAAAUAAUGGCUCAACACAGGCUUCUCAGAAUGACAUAACAAAGAAAGUAAAGAAACCUGAACAACAAAUUUAUAUCCCGAAACCUGUAGCACAAUCAAUGGCGAAUCGAGAAGCUGCCAACAAAGUAAAUAAUCAUCUUAAAGAGGAAUUGUGGACAGAUGAUGACAGUACAUCAUAUUGUGCUGAAGAUGACUCCAAAGCUGGAAAUUCUCAAGGAAGUAGAGAUGGCCGAAAAAGGAAAUCAAAGAAAAAGAAACCAAAAGGGAAAAGAAAUGAGAACAGUGAAAGGGGUGAGGAGGGAACCACCUCCAACAAGCAUGACCCUGUAAGCCGCAGCCAGAAUGAAGCACCCAAUCGUCAAAACAGUUCAGUUGGAAACAGAAUAGACUCUAGUAGAUCUCACAGCAAACAAAACCAUGAUGCUAGGAAUGACAUUCAACUGCAUUCUGGAGGCAGACCAAGUCUUGAUGUUAAACUAGAGUCUUCCAGAUCUAAUAGCAGAUCUGCUGCAGAAAGCGUGAACAUGAGACUUUCUCAUUGGCAAGAUAACAGAUCUGAUCCUUCAAAGAGACCUGGUCAUCUUUCUGAUCCAAUGUCCAAAUCCAUGAUUGAACCAAACAGGAGUGGGCAACUUGAGAGAGAUGGACAUAGACUUGAUGAUGCCACUUUAACACAAUCGUGGCAUGCUGAUAUGCCUUCCAACAGGAAUGUCCGUCUAGGAUCAGAACCACGUGGUUCCAAUGCAGAGAACUCCAGAUCAAGAGAUGCCCGGAGUGUUGAACCCACGAGUUGGAAUGCAGAUAAAGUUCAAGCCAAGCCUCCAUCUGGACGAAGAGGAAGUGGAAAGGAUAUGGCAUCAUAUUCCGGGCCUAGUAAUAAGUCAAUGCCUAGACACAAGGAAGCUGAUGUUCCUCCUCGAUUUAGAAAGAAACCAUUAGAAAAUGGGGUGAAGGACCCACCUGCUUUCAGCAGAGAAAAUGCAGGUCCCCAACUCUCAAUAGAAGGAAGAUUUAUUGGAACAACAUCAGAGGAGGCAUGGGAUGGAAGUACAGUCACUUUUCAGGGUUCUCAUAGUUCUCACAGUAGUGAGAACAAUUACUCAGGACAAUAUAAUUCACUACCUGCUAUGUCACUGCCGCCAACUACUGUUUUUAGUCAACCACCCCAGUCAUUACCUCCAGCUCAGUCUCAUGACCAAUGGGCCAAUACUCUACCUGGAACCCGACCCAAAGGCCGUGGCAGACUGCGACCUGAGGAAAUAGAAAUGGAACGUGCUGCUGCUGCUAGAAGGUUCAACCAACCUGGGGGCCUUGACUCCCAUUCUGUUUCAUCAAGUGUAGAAAGUCUUGCUCAUCCCUCCUCUCGACAAGAAUGGUCCAACAAACAAACCUCUGCUCCAUCUUUAUCAGCUGGCAAUAUUGGUGGGCCUUCACUUAGCCAUUCUUAUGGGAAUCAACCACUACCCAACCCUGGACCAUUAAGAAGGAGAACUAGUGGUGGUAGUCUUCAUGGAGAUAGAAAUAGUGGAGGACGUCGAACUCCCACAGGUCGUCUAACCCCUACUGGACGUCUCACACCAACAGGCCGUCUAACUCCUACUAACUCAGGGAAUACAACUCCCAUCAGUCCAGGGCAGGAACCUUUCAAAGCCUUAAAUGCCGCAUGUCAACAGAAGCCAAUUGAUACAAUAGAUCUAAUUGUUCCUGAAAUAACUGAUUGGAAUGAAGAGGUAGAGCGGUCAGAGCAACAACAAGCAUCCACCUCUAGGCCUCCAAGUUCAUUAGACUUUUUGUCAAUUCCAUGUCAGGAUUGGAACGAGGAGGUAGAACGUGCGGAGCAGCUAGCAGAGCACCGAGUAGAUAGCAAUUUAAAAUACUCCCAAGAUACCUCUCAGCGAACCAGUCAACAGGCUCAACACAAGUUUGGAACUGUUCCUCAACAUGAUGAUUUUGCUGUCCCGCAUCAGGAUUGGUGCGAAGAAGUCGAGCGAUCGGAGCGCUUAGAGGCCUGUGCUGGAUCAGAGGCUCACACUCGCAGUUCCUCACCAGUCUCCAGGACAACUGACAACGUGCAGUGGAAGAAGCCUCUACCAACAACUCAGUGGAAAAAGCCGCGCCGAAGGAAAAAGAAUAAGGAUAAACGAGGAGGAAAUGAUGGUGCUAGUGGCGAAAGACAUGGGCAAGGGAGGCCUCAUGAAGCAAACGCCGAUCGUCCUCCCAGCAGGGGCGGCAGCCGCGAUCACAGUGUGGAGCGUCCGGGCGGGCCUUGGCGCCGGGAUCGAAGCCACGACCGAGUCUGGCGGGACCAACCUGGAGGGCCUGGGAGGCCUGCAGGAGCCGGAGGGCCUGGAGUUCCCGGCGGACCCGGCUGGAGGAGGGACCACAGCAAGGAGCGCGGCCUGAGAGACCACAGUCAGGAGCGGGGAUGGCGCCCGCCUGGCCACGGCCCUGGCCCUGGCGUGGGCCCAAGUGACCACAGCGCCGAGCUUCGCCGCGACCCAAGCCCCCACGACGGCCACGGCCAUGGCAAGCGGAACGGGCCUGACUCCCACGGAGGCCAUGGAGGGCGUCACAGGAGGACGAGCGGUCGAGAUCAUAGCAGCGAGCGAGGCCCUGCAACUGCCCCUGGAGCCCCGCCUGCUCCUGUGCCUCCAGCGGCCGGCGGAGGAAGGAACCGCAGGAAUAGCGGCCGAGACCACAGCGGCGACCGGGGAGGCCGUCGCCACAGUGGCCGGGACCACAGCCACGAGAGGGACCGCGGGCGCAACCGCCGCAACAGCGGCCGCGACCACCGGGACCACAGCCACGAGAGGGACCGAGGCCGGCACCGCCGCAACAGCGGCCGAGACCACAGCGGCGGCCGAGACCGGCGUGACCACAGCCGCGAGAACAUGGGCGGUCCCAUGGGCGGCGGCAUGGGCGGCAGCCGGCGCGAGCGGAUGGGCCUGGAGUGGCGCAACCGGGACAGGGAGGGCAUUGACGACGACUGGAGGCGACCCCCGGCGAGCAAGCAGUCGCCACCCCCUCAAAAGGCUCCUGGCAUCCUCGUUCUUCCCCAAGAACAACCAUCGGCUGCUUCUGCUCCUCCACCUGCUAGCAAUUUGUCUCAGAGGCAUCUCUACGAUCACAACAAUCCCAGUAAGCCAAUUAUUGUGGUAAAUCCAAGUGUUCGUGCUUCGUCGGGUCCACCAAGCUCCAAUGGCCCCAGUGAUGACUGGUCUCAGAGUCCACAGACCAUGCCAUAUCAACAAAGAUUUGAGUCAUCAACUAUGUUCCCUACACAUCACCUGCAGCCAACUGGCUCAAUAGUUGCAAACCAAUUUGGUCCCUCUCGACCUGCAUGGUAUGACCCAUACAGUGACAACUUCAGGGCUUCAAGUCAACCACAUCUCAUACUUGAUAUUGAAAAGGCUGACCUGGAGUUGCAUACAAUUAUAAGUUCGGGCAGGUACCUUGAGUUUUGGAGAAGAGUUGAAUACAUAAGGCAAUUUAUCCAGAAUGGAUUUGUUACUUUUGUACUCUCUGAUAUAAAGUUUUUGCACAAAGAAAAUGCAGACCAACAGCUUUGGAAAAUUUUGUUCCACAAUUUGAUUGAGCUCUUAAGAAAGGGGGUUUCUGAAGGUGGCCCAGAUGCUGAUCAUCAGAAAAAGCUGUUGCUUCAGAUUAUUGAUGAUGGUACUCAGUUUUUUGAAUCACUGCUUGUAAAGUUGCAAGAUAAGUAUGGAUUCCGUUUGGAUGAUUUUCUAUCUGGAGCAGACAAUACAAGCAAACUGACAACUGUAAUGGCAGUUGCCAUACUAGUAGCACAGAAGAUAUACCUGUUUUUGGGUGACCUUGCUCGGUACCGUGAGCAGGCAAAUGAAACAUCUAACUACGGAAAGGCCCGACAGUGGUAUCUGAAAGCACACCAAAUUAAUCCUAAAAGUGGACGGCCCUACAAUCAGCUAGCCAUUCUAGCAGUGUAUGCGAGGAGGAAAAUUGAUGCUGUCUACUAUUACAUGCGAGGACUUAUGGCAUCCAAUUUUGUUGUGCACACAGCUCGAGAAAAUCUGCUCUCUCUCUUUGAUGAAAAUCGCAAGAAGUACGAGCAGACAGAGAAGAAAAGGAGAGAAGAGCGAGAAGCUAAAGAGAGGUCGCGGAUGUUGGAGAAGGAAGGUGGUGGCCCACCCAGUCUCAGACGAGAAGUUUGGCAUCAUCCAAACAAUGGUCAACGAGUAAGCAGGACAACAUCAAAUACCGUGCGUCCCGAUCACAGUGAUACUGAAGAAGAGCUUGCCAAGUUGAGCAGUGUGGAUCUCAACAAGCGAUUUGUGAUGAGCUUCAUGCACAUUCAUGGGAAACUUUUCACAAAAGUUGGCAUGGAGACUUUCCAAGAAGCCGCUGUUCAGAUGUUGAAAGAGUUCCACGCACUGCUGCAGCAUACUCCCAUCCCAUUGAAUGCCAAUCGCUUCCUCCAACUGCUGGCGCUAAAUAUGUUCGCCAUUGAGAACACUCAGCUAAAAGCCGAGGAGGAGGAGGCGGGCUACCGCUCGGCCGCGCAGGAGGCGGCCCUCAUCGUGUCGCUGCAGAUGUUCUCGGUGCUGCUGGAGCGGUGCGUGGCGCUGCUGCGCGACCAGGGCGGCCCGGGCGCCGCGCCCCGCGACCAGCUCGUCGACCUGGACGUGGUCGCCCUGCUGCCCGCCAUCAAGAUCUGGUGCGACUGGCUGACGUGCCACGAGCACGUCUGGAACCCGCCGCCCAACGCGGCCGACUACCACGUGGGGCCGCCCGGCGACACGUGGUCCCGGCUCGCCGGCCUCGUCAACAUGCUGGAGACGCUGGACGUGAAUCGCGCCAAGAUCGAGGAGAAACCCGUGGAGGGCUACAUCCAGGUGCGGCUGCCGGAGGACAUGACGCUGGCGGGCUUCAUGCCCCUCAUGACGCUGAUGCAGGAGCCGCUGUACGCGGACCGAGACCUGGACCCCGAGCUCGUGCACGUGUGCGCCCGGCUCAAGCGGCUGCUCUUCUUCGGUCACACGUUCCUCUGCGGUAUUGACCCUCCCGUGUUGCGCCUGCACAAGGACGAGACCGGGCGUAGCGAGUACAUCUCCGUUGCCGCGCGCCCUCCCUACCGCCACCAGCACAAGCAGGCCCCGGCGGCGGCCAGCGCCAGCCCGGCCGACUCGCUGAGCGACGCGGACCUGGACCUGGACGUGGACCUGGAGGAGGAGCAGGACGGGCUGCAGGACAAGGAGGACGAGCUGACCCCGGCCGCGGACGCGACGGCGGACGAGGUGCGCGCGCUGCUAGCGCGCAAGGAGCAGCUCGAGCGGCACCGCCGCCAGCAGGAACGCCACCGCAAGCGCGUGCAGGACAUAAUCCGGCAGUCGGCUGUGGAGGUGGAGAUCGAGGUGCGGCCGCACUUCAUUGUGCCGGACACCAACUGCUUCGUGGACCACCUGCCCCACCUGAAGCUCAUCGCUUGCGGACAGACGUUCCAGCUGAUGGUCCCCACCGUCGUCGUCGGCGAGCUCGAGGGUCUGCAGCGGGGCGCCCGUCCCGGCGAGACCGUGGACGCGGCCGCCGCCGCCCGCGCCGAGCGCGUCGCGCGCAGCGCCAAGGAGGCCCUGGCCUUCCUGCAGCAGCGGCCCCGGCCCCCGAGCCUGCGCUGUGUCACCACCCGCGGCUCGACGCUGGCCUCGGCGACCUUCUCGUCGGAGGACGACGGCCAGCAGGACAUGCUGAACGAUGACAAGAUUCUGACCACGUGUCUUAAUCUGAGUCGCACGACGAGCAAGGAUGAAGUGAAACCUGGUGAGCCGCGCCGUCUGGUGCGCGACGUGGUGCUGCUGACGGACGACCGCAACCUCCGCGUCAAGGCGCUCUCGAGGGACGUCCCCGUCCGGGAACUGCCCGACUUCAUGCGCUGGGCCAACUUGGGUUGAGGAGCAAGGGAGAGAGGCAUUGGAUAGCUGUAGCGCCGCCUCGCAAGGCAUUGAGAGAGAGAGAGAGAAAGCAAUAGAGGGGGUGCCCCUGGGUCUCUGUCCUCGUGAAGGCGGCAACGCUAGGAGUUUGAAGUUCCUUUAGUAACUUAGCCCCCUAGGUCGUGUAGGCCCUGAAACCCUCCGUGCGGCACGCCCACGGCCCUGACGCCCCGCGCGCCCCGCGCCCAGCGAGCACAGUGUGCACUGUCCAGUCAGUCCAGGGCGGAGCUGGUGCUGCCAAAGAGUCUGUGAUUCUGAUCGAGGUGCACCGACAUGGCAUUGCACCGACGCGGGUUGGCCAACAGAGCCUUGCCUUUCGGCUACUUUUCUUGUGUGAUAUUUAUACCUCCUCACGAGCUGUGUUAUUAUUUAGCAGACUUUAAAUAAUAAUGGUUGUAAUAAAAUGCCGAAUGUGCCUUGGCAAGAGUUGCUCCGCGGUUGGCCAGCCCUCGGUGGAGGUUUGCAGGUGUCGUGCCUGUUGGGAUCACAGGUCCCCUUUGGCCCAUAGUUGUCUUUCUGUGGGACUUGCACCCCGCCCCGUGGCUGAGUUACCCACUCUUGCCUUCUGCUACGGUAUUGUGGCAAUGACUGAUUUAGUUUGUUACCGUUCAAUAUUGACUAGUAGAAUGGCAAGAGUGCCAUGGUGAUCUUUUCGCUCUUUCAUCCAAAUGCUUUAAUGAUGUGUGAUAUAGGAUAAUGAGCACUGACUGGAGGAGCCAUGCUCCACUUAAGCUAGGAUACUUUUAUCAAUUAUGAGUGUCUUCUUCUCUAUGACUUAUUCUCAAGUACUCAUUUAGUUUUCCUUAUUUUUUUCUGUACCUUAACUAUUUUUUUUAAUUUUAUCUCUUUGUUACUGCCAGAUGGUAGAGGAUUAAUGAUGAUGUAGAUUUUUUUGAGAGAUGUACCACUAUGUAACAUUUUUCUCGUCCAUGAUGUUCUGGUGAUUAUAAUCAAAUUAGAAACUAGUGUAUUCUCAAUCACACUUCUAUGGUACUAAGGUCUUACCAUGUAUACUGCAAAUGUAAUUACCCUUAUUUGAAUGUCAUAGUUUGUAGCCAUCCUAACGUACUAUCAUCUCUACAUGUAAUUGUUGAUUUUGGCUUUUUAAAAAUUACCUAGGGUCCUUGCACUCUUAUGAUUAAGUGUUGAAAGUUUGCUGCACUAAUGUUAGAUUGUAGAUUUCAUAUAGAUUGGUUCAACAUACAGUUUUUGGCUUUGUUUUUCAUGCUGGCUCUUCAUCAAAGCCUAACUUUUAGUUUGUACCCUUCUUUGAACUUUCUUUGGUAAAUCUCUCCCAUUCUGCUGUGAAUGAAAUUAGCCUCCGUUGUGACUGUUUAGAUAUGAGGAUUUUAACUUAAGACAUUAAAGCAGCCUAUGCUGAUAGAAGUGGUAAAUACCGGUCUCAGAAGUAUAGCUCUAGUUGUACAUUCCUCUAGAUAAUUUUAAACCAAAGAGAGUGGUGUGUUGAGCCAUUUCACUUUUGUUUUGGUUGCAUUCUUUUCUGUUGAUUGCCUUAAACUGCAGCGGUAUUCAAAUGAAUUGUAUUAUUUACUGCCUCCUCUUUGUAUGAAAGACAUUCUGUUAAUCUUUGUCUUGCUUCUACUAGAAACUUGAACAUUAAUUAUGCGAGGUUGUUAUUUAUCUAUCUACUGACAGUUGAUUUUUGUUUGCCCUCACUUCACAUGGCAGGUAUAGAAAACCAUUAUCUUAUUGUUAUGUACAUGUGUAUGACCCUACCUGUUGAUGUCGUUUAAUCAAAAUGCGCUUCUUCCCACUUUUUGGGUCCGGUUAAAGGGUAAUUCUAAAUCCGUAACUGCCAUGUCGGAGAACUGUUCAAAGUUCACUGUGAAAUGUUAGUUUAAAUGGUUCCAGGUUGAAGGGAACCUGAUGUUUUAUAUUUUAGUAUGUUUGUUAUUAUGUUAGUUUAAUUAUGGAGCGUUAUAUGAUUAAAGCAGCUUUGUCAUAGUCUCUCCUCAGUAAUUGUCAUAAUUUCUCUUACGGAGACUUGUUUGAAAAAGAACUGACUUCAAACUACCUGCAUUUAGUGUACGUCAUCUAAUUUUACUUUUUCCUGAACCUGUGUGAUACCUCUACCUUAUGCUUGUGUGCUGUUCAAUUUUCCACUGUGAAUUAGUGAAGCACGUUGUACCUUCCUAGGCUGUUUAAAUGUUUUCUCCUCAAUCAAAAUGCCUGAGAUACUAAGUAUUAAUUUAAGUUAGGACGGUAACAUGUAAAUUUUUUGGCUUCUCAGAUUUGAAAAUUUGUGCUCAAAUCUUAAAAUGUUCCUUUCUCAAUUGGUUUUUGUAAAUACCGGUAGUUAAUUUUAACUCAUUUUCAUUGUUGUCAUUAAGUGUAUUGAUUCUCAUAAGCUUAUUUUUUCUUGUUUGUUUUUUCUCUUAUUUUCCUUAACAUUGUGGCAUUUGUGCACAUGUACUUAACUGUACAGACUAGUUAUUUUUCUAAUUUGAUUACGGACACUCUUUGAUAAUUUACAGGCGGCUUGCCAAUCGCAGUUUGUGCCAUAUUUUUGUUGUUUUAAUGAACUGUAAAGAAAACGGCCUACGGUAAGGUAAACCGCUGACUUAAUGUUAGGAACGCGGAAUAAACCAAUUCCCUGGAAA